GUUUCCUAAACUCCAGCAGGUGUUCGUCAGAGCUCAGAAUGAGCAUGUUUGAGUGAGAUUGACCGUAUGCUCAGCUCACAGGAAAAUGAGGAAAAGUCUAAUUCAGGUGUUUGGAUUCUUGAUUUCUACUUUUGGCUGGCUGUUUGUGAGCUGCACGCUCGCCAUGGACUACUGGAGAGUCUUCUAUGUGGGCGGCAAAGGCGGCAACUGGAUGAUCAAGGCGACGUGGUACUGGUCAAACCUGUGGAAGGACUGCGUGAUGGACACCUCGUCCGUCACUGACUGCAGGGACUACGAUGCGCUGUGGGCCGUCACGCCGUAUGUUCAGGGAGUCCGAGGCCUGCUUCUGAUCGGCAUGAGUCUGGGGCUCGUCGCCGCUGUGCUCUGCUUUAUCGGGAUGGACUGCACCUACAUUGGUGGAAGUGAGAAAAACAAAGACAGAAUAUUAUUUUUCGGAGCAGCUUUUCAUUUUGUUGGUGGUGUGUCGGCGCUUGCGGCGUAUUGUUUAUACACAAACAGGGUCGUCAGCUCUGCCUUUUCACCCACCGUUGACAGAAGCAUUAUAAGGUAUGGGUUAGGAACUCCAAUAUUCUUUGGAUUGAUUGGAAGUUUCUUUAUAAUUCUUGGAUCUGUAUUGUAUGCUGUGACGAUCAUCCCAGCCAGAAAGUUGAUUGCAUUUACAAGAACAGCAUACGCCGCUCCAUCGUACGCCCGGCGGUCAGCGAGUAAAGCACUGUACACUUCUGCAUACUACGCACCCUCGAGACAGUCUAUACUUCUCAGCCAAUCAAGCAGCUCUCGCAUCUCCAGGAUGUCACAGGCCACUGGCGACAAAAUAUCUCCCAGAGACACAUUUGUGUGAACUUUACAAACUUUACAAACUUUAGAAAGGCUCUGUUACGUUGCGACCGUUAAAAGAAAAUGCUACAAUAAAAUCUGUUCUGCAA